AUGAUUCGCCCUGGUCUCGGAGUAGGAGUAUUUAUUAGAAAUGGAGAUUCUGUAUUGAUGAGCUAUCGUAAAGUAAUGGAUAAUGGGUAUCUGGCAUUACCGGGUGGUCAUCUUGAAUUAUUCGAAGAAUUGGAAGAUUGUGCAAUUAGGGAAGUAAAAGAGGAAACAAAUUUGGAUAUUGAAAAUCCAAAAAUAUUUUAGAUGGUGAAUGUUGUGAAAAAAGAAAUACAACAUCAUUUUGUAGUCAUAUUUUUAACAGCAGAUUAUAAUGAAAAAAGUGAAUUAAUGAAUGUGGAACCUAAUAAACAUAGCGAUUGGAAAUGGAUUAAUGCUAAGGAAUUUUAAUAACAUUACAAUGAAAAGCAAUUAUUUUAUGGUCUAAUGAAAUUGGUUGAUCGAUUUGGUAACGCAGAAAAAUUGUUUAAUUUAAUAUUUAAUAAAUGA